AUGGCAGAAACUGUAACUGUGGUGACUCCUGUCAUUGAUAUGUUGGUUCAGCUACUACUCAAAAGAGCCACUUUGUUCAGGAGAGUCCAUGGAGAAGUGAAGAGUCUGAAAGAUGAAUUGGAGAGCAUUCAGUGUUUCCUCAUCGAGGCAGAGGAAAAGUUGGAGAAAGGAGAUGUGAACGACGGCGUGAAGACUUGGGUGAAACAAGUACGAGAAGAAGCGUACCACAUAGAAGAUGUCAUGGACGAAUACCUUCUUCGUGUGGCACAACGCAGUCACCUGCAUGGUUUCAUUGGUCUGCUCCAUAAAACAGGUCACUUCUUUAAGUCCUUUAAAUCACGUAAUGAUGUUGCUUUCGCCAUUAAAAGCAUCAAAGCAUCGUUACGUGAAAUCAAGGAUAGAGGUGAAAGAUAUGGCUUCAAUUCCUUGGAAAAAUUAGGAUCCUCAAGUAGCAGAGCACUCACGAGCUUUGAACGCUAUGAUCCUCGAUUGGGCUCACUAUUCAUUGGUGAAGAUGAAUUUAUGGAUGUGUACUCUACCCGGGAUGAAUUAGUAACAAGGUUGGUUGAAGGAGAACUCAGUCGCACGGUGAUUUCAUUCGUAGGUGAAGGCGGCGUUGGUAAGACUACUCUUGCUAAGCAAGUUUAUGACAAUGAAAUGGUGAAAGGACACUUUGAUUGUCGAGCUUGGUUUACCGUGUCUCAAGCAUACAACCCGGAUGUGCUACUAAUGACCAUGAAAAGGUACUUUUGUCCAACUUUUGAGUGUAAUGUGGGAGAAAUCGACAUGAUGAAAGAGGUAAUUAGCCAACUGAGACAAUGUUUGCAGGCCAAGAGGUACGUUUUUGUCUUUGAUGAUGUUUGGCACACCGACUUUUGGGGAGUUAUGAAAUAUGUUUUGCCUAAUAAUGACAAAGGUAGUAGGGUUAUUAUCACAACACGCAAUGAUGCGGUUGUAGCUUCUUGUAAAGACACUGUAUUUGAUCUUGUCAAGAAGUUACAACCUUGGUCUCAAGAAAGUUCUUGGGAGUUAUUUCUGAAAAAGGCAUUUCAAUUUGAGCGCGAUGGAUGUUGUCCUUUAGAGUUAAAGCAAUUGUCUCUUGAAAUUGUUAGACAAUGCCAAGGCUUGCCACUUGUUAUUGCAGCGGUGGCCGGUUUAUUGUCAACCAAAGAAAAGGUUCUGUUUGAAUGGAAGAAAAUAUAUGAGGCACUCUGUUUUAACUUGGAAGGUAACCCUCAGCUUUCAAACAUUUCAAAAAUUCUCUCUCUCAGCUAUUAUAACCUACCUUACUACCUGAAGUACUGCCUUUUGUAUUUUGGCAUUUUUCCUCGAAACCAUCUAGUCCCUGACGUAAGAUUAUAUAGAUAUUGGAUUGCAGAGGGUUUUGUGAAAGAAAGGAGAGAAAAGACAUUGGAACAAGUUGCUGAAGAGUACUUGAAUGAGCUCAUCCAAAGAAAUUUGGUUCAAGUAUGGAAUAUGAAUUUUUCGGGGUCUGAUAAAUUAUGCCGAGUUCAUGAUUUGAUGCAUGAUAUGAUCUUCUCAAAAGCUGGUGAGUUGGGUUUCUGUAACGCCUUCAUUGGAAAAAAGUCUAGCUUAACUCAAAGAAGUCGUCGCUUAGCAGUCUAUAGUAGCUCACAUGUUAUGGAGAAUGUUGAAGACUAUAGUGCUCGUUCCAUUUUCGUUUUUAAUAAUGAAUUGACUACACCUUUUGUGGAAUUUACGUUUGAAAAGUUUAAGCUUUUAAAGGUGCUGGAUUUUUCGAAUACUCCUCUAGAUUGUAUUCCAGAAGGACUGGGAAGUUUACAUCAUUUGAGAUCCUUAAAUCUAAGGAAUACUAAAGUGAGGAUGCUUCCGAAGUCUAUUUGCAAGUUGAAUAAUCUAGAAACCUUGGAUAUCGUAAAUACUCAAAUAAGUGAGCUACCAAUCGAGAUCAACAAGCUUCGAAAUCUACGACACCUUUUGGGGCUUUGUCAUGACCCCGCACGCGGAUAUGGUAUCGAAGCAUUUCAAGGACAGAGAUUGCAUAGAGGUAUUGGGCAUUUAGAAGAGUUACAGACUCUUAGUAAUGUGCAAGCACUUCAUAAUGAGUUUUGUAUUGUGAAAGAGUUGGAGCUGUUGACGCAAUUAAGGUGGUUGGGCAUCUCAAAACUAACUGAAGAAAUGGGAAGAUCUCUUUGUACCUCCAUUGAGAAGAUGAACAACCUUGAACGUUUAACUAUAUGUAGCACGGACACCGAAAGCGAGAUCCUAGAUUUGCACUCCAUUUCAUCUCCUCCUCACUUUCUACAGCGUCUGAAUUUGAUGGGUCCAUUAGAUGAAUUUCCCAGAUGGAUUGUGAACCUUCCCUAUCUAAGUAGACUAUCUUUAUUUUCCUCAAGGUUAUCCGACGAGCCCCUGAAAUAUCUUUGCCAUUUGCCUAAUUUGUCGUUACUUUGGCUCUGCCGGGCAUAUAAUGGAGAGAAAUUGCUGUUUAAGGAAAGUGGAUUUCAGAAACUCAAGUUGCUAGAAGUGAGCGAGUUGUACAGACUAAACGCGGUGACGAUAGAGAACGGAUCAUUGCCACUUCUUGAAGAGGUUCGGAUAGGGUCAAACCCACAACUGAAAGAGGUUCCUUCGGGCAUGCAAAAUCUAAGAAGCCUCAAACUUCUUGAGAUUUCUCAGAUGCCGAGCGAAUUUGUGCUUGGUUUGCAACGACAAGGACUCCAAGAUUCUUUGAAAGUUAAGCAUGUACCAUCUAUAAGUUCAUGGUAUAGAGGUGAUGGAGAUCUGUAUGAUGUAUUUCAUGAUCAGUGAUAUGGAAAAGUUGGUUCCUUUACCAAUCACUAUGAGCUUCUGAGCCUUGACAUAGAGUGCAGUUACAGGGAAGCCUGGCUAACCAUGUUGCCGAGAAUAAAUCAACGUUGCACACAUCUCGAGUUUGUGUGGCUAACCAUGAAGUGCAGCUGAAAACAAGUUCAUCCGUCUCUUUGGCGCCGACUCAGGCUGAUAUUGAUGAUGGAAAGGUAGAACUGAAAUUCGAGUCUUCUGUGUACCGAUCAUCUUGGAGGACUAGUAUCAAAAAUGGAUUUAGUAGAAACCAAAGUUGAUCA